UUACCUUAUAGUGCACUACGUACUGCGUAGAAGCAUGGUUCUCACUCCCUAGUGUAGUGCACGAACACAAGGGAGGAUAAUGCUAUUUAGGCUCUGACCCUAGCUUCAGAGAGAAACGUGACCGGAGCAGGAGCAGCGUUACUGCUUCUGAGGCAUCUCUGAACGUCCACAACAACAGGUCUGUAAUGGAUGCCUUGACUGAGGCACUGUCCUCCAGCUUCUGUGUAACCAGAGAAGCAAACAGCACCUCGGCCCCGCAUCCCCGCCUCGCUCAGUACAAGAGCAAAUACAGCGCUCUGGACCAGGAUGAGCGGCGGAGGAAGUUCCUGCAGGAGCAGAAGGAGAAAAGGCUGAACUAUGUGAAUCAUGCCCGCCGUUUGGCAGACGGAGACUGGACAGGGACAGACAGUGAUGAAGAGGAGGAAGAGAAGGAAGAGAAACAGAAAAGUCAGCAGCAGGAUGAAACGGAAGACGAAGGGAUGGAAGUCGAGCAACGCAAAAAGUUGCCGAGGCACUACGCCAACCAGCUGAUGUUGUCGGAGUGGCUGGUCGACGUCCCUGCGGAUCUUAGCGCUGAUUGGCUGCUGGUGGUCUGUCCUGUAGGGAAGCGCUCGCUCAUCGUUGCAUCUAAGGGCUCCACUUCAUCAUACACUAAAAGUGGGUACUGUGUGAAUCGUUUCCCUUCUUUGCUACCAGGAGGCAACAGACACAACUCAGCCAUUGGGAAAGAUUACACCAUCCUAGACUGCAUUUACAGUGAAGUGGAUAGGACGUACUACAUCCUGGAUGUGAUGUGCUGGAGAGGGCAUCCUGUCUACGACUGCUCAACUGAGUUCCGGUUCUACUGGUUGCAGUCGAAGGUUGAAGAGGUAGAAGGACUGUCGGAGAUUUGCAAACGAAACCCUUUCCGUUUUGUGAGUCUGAACAGCAUCAGUUGUACAACAGAGUCCAUUCAAAAGGCCCUGGCACACGACUACAGCUUCAGCGUGGACGGGCUGCUGUUCUACCACCGUGAGACUCACUACACCCCGGGCAGCACACCGCUGGUGGGAUGGCUCAGACCCUACAUGGUGUCCGACAUCCUGGGUAUCGAGGUGCCACAGUGCCCCCUCACCGCCAAGCCGGACUACGCUACCCACCAGAUGCAGCAGAUCCUGGAGCACAAGAAGCCGUCCAAUCAGGUUCGGCCUGCGGAUCAAAACGGAAGAUAUGAGCUAGAGCAUCUGUCCACGCCAGAGACGCAAACAGGAAGCAGCAACCAGAAAGAGCGCAUGGAGAGCUGAUUGCUAGCGGCUCAGCAGCUACUGAUUUGGUAUCACGCCAAGAAAUUCUGGACAAGAGUUCUGGCAUUUAUUCAGUGUUUUCUGAAACCCUGUUGAUUUUAGAUUAGCUCAGAGACAGCUUUUAUACUUUCCACACUGUAGUGUGAUGAAUUUGGCAUUCGUUAUUGAUCAGUUAAACCUCCCGUACUGUUUCAAACAACAUUUGAACAUUGGUUUACAUUUUGUUUCUUUUGUCUUAGCACUCAUCAUUAGCUAAAACUAUUCAGAUUGCUUUAACAAUAUGAUUUGAUGAAUUAUUCAAUGGCUUAACACUGUAGCUCCAGGAUGACACGAAGAAACAAAGAAAAUCCGUCUUCGUCUAUCAGAUGCACGCUUGAAUUACGUGGAAUUCACGAAACCUCAUUCUGUGUGCAUGUGAUAUUCUGCACGAAUGCCAUUCUGAAAUUUUAAAUUUAGACCAUCCUUGUCUAACAAGGAUGCUUGAAAGACUUUUAACGCUGUAUUAAUAAAUGUAUUUUUAUUUGAGAAAUUUUCAAUUUCUGGAACCCCCUCCCUUUUUUGUUUGUUUGUUUUUAGAUUUUUUUUAAAAAGAGAAUUUAGCUUUAAUUGCAUGUGCAGGUUCACCUUGGAUGCCCGACUGAAUAAAAUGCAAAGCUGAGCACUUUCUAUGGCAAAAUGUAUGUGUUUGCAAAACCAUUCAGCUUCUGUGAACUUACUCGCGGUUAGAAGUCCUAGGAAACUCAAAUCUCUGAAAAUCUUAAAUGUCAACAAACAAUUUAAUUGGGUCAGCUCAUCGGGUGAUGAAAUGUCAAGCUAGGAUGUGAGGACUGUAAUCUUCCGUUAUGUAUACAUUUGGUUUGUCUUUCAUUUUAGGAAUGAUAUUUGAAUGUAAUGCAAGCAUAAAGUACGUUUCUGUUAAUGGUAUGUGGUUUAAAAACUGUACUCAAUACAUUAUCAUAAUCAGUUCAGUGCCAUCUUAUUUAUUAUAUUUGACAAAAGUAGGUCUUUUGCACACUGAUGAUGGGCUCAGCGUUCCUGGAAAGCAACCCGUGACUAAUACCAAAACCCCUCUUUUAAAAACCACACGUCUCUUACAUCACCCUCUUGUCUGAGCGCUAACCUGGUUUCAUGUUACUGUUGUUUCUAAACGUGCUACUAACCUCACAUUUUCUGUUUUCACAUAGAGGCAUGCCACAGAAAGCAGUGUUUUUUUAUUAUUAAUUUUUUUGUUGUUGUUGUUGUUAUUUUCCCCCCACAAGUAAAGCUGUUCAUCAUCAGCCCAUCAACUCGUCGCAGAUCCAUUACUACGCCAUUUAAGAAUUCUUGCUUAAGACCUUAAUAACUGAGAAUUCAGCAGCUGAUCUUUCUGAGUCUGUAUUGCAAAGGCAAAGCAUUUCUCCUAUAAAAUCCUGUUCUGUCUGCUGCACUACUUGUGCUGGACAUUUAGUGUGUUACGUUUCACAGAAUUUACUUUAUCAUCACAGGUCACUAAAAUAGUCGUACAUGGUUGCAGUAUUAUUCCUCAAAAAUCAAAUGAUCAGUCUUUCUAAAUGUAAUAUAAAUAUUCUCAAAUAUCACAGAUGUCUGUGCUUUGCCUUUAUACCUGCCUUCGUAGUUGCAAUAUUGAUCCCACAUUCACCUUGAGAUUGAUACAGGUAUCUGUAUCUGUAAUAACACUGCCAUGUUAUACCACUGCAGUCUAGAGACCGGGAUUUCUUUCCUUUUUUUUUUUCUUUUUUUCUUUUUUAGAUUCAUCCUUAAACUUGUGGAUUGUUAGUGCUUAUUUUAUUUUAAGUCCAUUCGAAAAAUAGGACGUGUGUGAACGUCUGUGACAUUAGGGAUUAGAACUACAGACUAUGAACUAUGAACAGAUUUGCAUUUCCUGAAAGCACUAGCAAGGAGUAAAAAGAAAAAAAACAAAGAAAGAAAGAAAAGGAGAAGAAAUUAGUGAAAUUAAUGUAAUGUGAGUUUCUAAUUUAAAAAAAAAAAGGGAAAAGUGAGUUUAAUGCAUGAAAGUGCUUUAAGGAUGACACUGAUAGAGCCAGAGAGAGAAAUAAACUUGAAAUAAUUCUUAUUUUGAUUUUUUUUUUUUUUAUUAACUAUGCAUUUUGAUAUUUUACAAUUGGUUUUAAUUAUUUCUAUCUUUAUGUGGUAAGUUUAUGUAGCUCUUAUAAGUAUUAUGUUUAUGUAAUAUAGCCAACAAUGUUUUAUAUUCUGGCUGCAUAUUAUCAUACAGUAAACCCAGGAAAUACAUAAUACAUUAUUAUAUUGUUACAG